AUGAACGAAUUAGUUAAUAAUCCGGCGAUUGCUGAUGCUGAAUUAUUGAUUACUAAAUCAUUCCUUGCCAGACCUUAUGUUUGGCCCUUUGCCAUUAUUUACCCUGCUUUUUUCCAAAUUUAUUUGACUCAAUAUGAUAAAUAUAUCAAAGGGAGUGAAUGGACUUUCGUGUAUUUAUUGACUAUCAUUUCAUUUAAUAUGUUAUUCUGGUUGAUGCCAUUCUGGAACAUUAAGAUCAAUUCAUCUUUCAACUAUUCCAAGGUUAAAACCAUCGAUGAAGCCGAAUAUGUUAAGAUCACACCUGCCCCAAAUUGUGGUGUAGGGGAAAUCUCCAAAAUUAAUAGAGAAAUCUUCCAUGAUGGACAAAAACAAGUCAGUUUCUUAUUCCAAAAGAGAAAACAUAUCUUCCAUGAAGAUUUAGGGAAAUUUUCACCUCCCCAAUUCUUAUACGAUCAAUUGCCACCAUUAGAAUCAUUCCAAAAGGCUACUGGAUUAUCAGGGGAUUUAGAAAAAGUUACCAGAAAUUAUGGAUUAAAUAAAUUUGAUAUUCCAAUUCCUUCAUUCUUAGAAUUAUUUAAACAACAUGCAGUUGCCCCAUUUUUCGUUUUCCAAGUAUUUUGUGUGGCCUUAUGGUUAAUGGAUGAACAAUGGUAUUAUUCCCUUUUCUCAUUAUUCAUGUUAGUUUCGUUUGAAAUGACUACUGUUUUCCAAAGAAGAACCACCAUGGCCGAAUUCCAAAGUACUGGGAUCAAACCUUUUGAAGUUUAUGUCUAUAGAGAUAAAAAAUGGAAGAAAAUUCAAACCGAUACUUUAUUACCAGGAGAUAUCAUUAGUUUAACUAGAACUAAUGAUGAUUCUGCUUUACCUUGUGAUUUAUUAUUAUUAGAUGGAUCUGUUAUUGUCAAUGAAGCUAUGUUAUCAGGAGAAUCCACUCCAUUAUUGAAAGAAUCAAUCAAAUUAAGACCAGCAAAUGAAAUUAUUCAACCUGAAGGUAUUGAUAAGAAUUCUUUAUUACAUGGAGGUACUAUGGCUUUACAAGUUACUCAACCAGAGAACCCUAAUUUUAUGUUAGCUCCUGAUAAAGGUGCUUUGGCUUAUGUUCUUAAAACCGGGUUUGAAACAACUCAAGGAUCUUUAGUUAGAACUAUGAUUUAUUCAAGUGAAAGAAUUGAUAAUGGUAAUAAAGAAGCUUUCUUCUUUAUCUUAUUCUUAUUAGUUUUCGCUAUUGCUGCUUCUUGGUAUGUUUGGGUUGAAGGUACUAGAAUGGGUAGAAUUCAAAGUAAAUUGAUUUUAGAUUGUGUUAUUGUUAUUACUUCAGUUGUUCCACCAGAAUUACCAAUGGAAUUAACUAUGGCUAUUAAUAGUUCAUUAUCUGCAUUACAAAAAUUCUACGUUUAUUGUACUGAACCUUUUAGAAUCCCAUUAGCUGGUAGAAUCGAUGUUUGUUGUUUUGAUAAAACUGGUACUUUAACUGCUGAAGAUUUAGUUUUUGAAGGUUUAGCUGGUUUUAAUUCUGAUGAUAUUCAUCAUUUAUAUAGUUGUGAUGAAGCUCCAGAAACCACUUCUUUAGUUUUAGGUUCUGCUCAUGCUUUAGUUAAAUUAGAUGAUGGUGAAGUUGUUGGUGAUUCUAUGGAACAAGCUACUUUAAAAGCUGCUAAAUGGGUUGUUGGUGAUAAAGAUACUGUUGAAAGACAAAAACCUAAUGGAAAAUCAGAAAAAAUUAAGAUUUUAAGACGUUUCCAAUUCUCUUCUGCUUUAAAAAGAUCAUCAUCAAUUAGUUCUGUUAAUACUUUAAACAAAAAUUUGAUCAGUGUUAAAGGGGCACCAGAAACUUUAAGAUCAAUGAUUGAUGAAUUACCUUCAAAUUAUGAAGAUAUUUAUAAAUCUUUCACUAGAAGUGGUUCAAGAGUUUUAGCUUUAGGUUAUAAAUAUUUAGAUACUGGUGUUAAUGUCACCAAGAUUUCCCGUGAAGAUGUUGAAAGUAAAUUAUCAUUUGCUGGAUUCAUUGUUUUCCAUUGUCCUUUAAAAAAUGAUGCCAUUGAAACUAUUAAAAUGUUAAAUGAAUCAUCUCAUCGUUGUGUUAUGAUUACUGGUGAUAAUCCUUUAACUGCUUGUCAUGUUGCUAAAGAAGUUAAAAUUACUACUAAAGAAACUUUAAUCUUAGAUGCUCCAGAAGAUCAUCAUGAUUUGAAAUCUGAUGAUAAUUUAGUUUGGAGAAAUGUCGAUGAAACCAAAGUUAUUUCAAUUAGUAGUGAUAAACCUCUUGAUUUCUCAAUUGUUGAAAACCAUGAUAUUUGUAUUACUGGUUAUGCUAUGAAUUAUUUACAACAACAUGAACAAAUUAUCGAUUUAAUCAAGAAAACUUGGGUUUAUGCCAGAGUUUCUCCUUCCCAAAAAGAAUUUGUUUUAAAUUCCUUAAAAGAAUGUGGUUAUAGUACUUUAAUGUGUGGAGAUGGUACCAAUGAUGUUGGAGCUUUAAAACAAGCUCAUAUUGGAGUUGCUUUAUUAAAUGGUACUGAAGAAGGUAUGAAGAAAAUUGCUGAUAAUAGAAAACUUGAAGCCACCAAAAAGGUUUAUGAAAAACAAGUUGCUUUAUUAGCUAAUUGGAAUAAACCUCCACCUCCAGCUCCUUUGAUUAUUGCUCAUUUAUAUCCUCCAGGUCCUUCAAAUCCAAGAUAUUUAGAAGCUAUGGAAAAGAAAGGUAUUGAAAUUACUCCUGAAAUGAAAGCUGCUGUUGAAGAAGCUAAUAGAUUAGGUAAACAUAUUACUAUUGCUCCUUCAGAAAAUAAUAAAAAAGCUAGUGGUUUGGGUGAUGCUUUCUUAUCAGCUCUUAAUGAUGCUGAAGAAGAUGAUGAAGCUCCAGCAUUGAAAUUAGGUGAUGCUUCAGUUGCUGCUCCUUUCACUUCUAAAUUAGCUAAUGUUUCAACUGUUACUCAUAUUAUUCGUCAAGGUCGUUGUGCUUUAGUUGCUACCAUUCAAAUGUACAAGAUUUUAGCAUUAAAUUGUUUAAUUUCAGCUUAUUCAUUAUCAGUAUUAUAUUUGGCUGGUAUUAAAUUUGGUGAUGGUCAAGCAACUGUUAGUGGGAUUUUAUUAUCUGUUUGUUUCCUUUCAAUUUCAAGAGGUAAACCUUUAGAUAAAUUAUCUAAACAAAGACCUCAAGAUGGUAUUUUCAACAAAUAUAUCAUGGGUUCAAUUUUAGGUCAAUUUGCUAUUCAUAUUAUUACUUUGAUUUAUAUCACUAGAGAAAUCUAUAUCUUAGAACCAAGAGAACCAAAAGUUGAUUUAGAAAAACAAUUCGUUCCUUCUUUAUUAAACACUGGUAUGUUCUUAUUACAAUUAGCUCAACAAGUUUCUACUUUUGCUGUUAAUUAUAUUGGUUUACCAUUUAAAGAAGGUAUUACUCAAAAUAAAGGUAUGUACUAUGGAUUAUUAGGGGUUGCUGGUUUAGCUUUAGCUGGAUCAACUGAAUUCAUGCCUGAAUUAAAUGAAGCUAUGCAAUUUGUUCCAAUGACUACUGAUUUCAAGAUCAAAUUAACUGGUGCCAUUCUUUUAGAUUUAAGUGUUACUUGGUUAAUUGAAGUGGUAUUAAAAUCAUUAUUCAUGAACUCAAGUGCUGCUGAUAUCGCUGAAAGAGACGAUGAUGAAGAAUAG